AUGGACUGGGCUGAUCGUCGUUAUAUCGUCCAUUAUCAGGCAGUCGAUUAUAUCCUCACCCCUCUAUACGGCCCAACACCCAACGAUAUGGACGGACCAGGCAACCACUUUUACCCGGAGGACAAGAACCCCUUUCGCAACAAACAGCUCAGUUCUCUAGCCCUAGAGCGGCGCCGAUCGAACUCAUCUCCAUCCACGGCCAUUGAGGCCAGUCGCAAUGAGUUCCGCGAGAGUAUAAAACAGCAGCAGGACAUCCAGCGCCGAAAGACGCAGCGCUCCUCGAACAGUAAACGUCACAGUCAUCGGAGGAACAGGGUUAAUCCAGAUGUGAUUGAUCAAUUGGACAAUGUCAAUUUCAUGCAGUACCAUCAUGAGGGUCCCUACGAUGCGGUGUAUCCGGAACGCAAUGUCUGCAGUAAGAGGAGUCCGCUUGAAGCUGUGAAGGAUUCAAAUGAAGAGACAUUGCGUGCGACGCCGAUGUAUAAGAUUAUCGACAGUGUGCAGCGACAUCGGCCUUUGGAUGGUGUUGCGUUCUAUCCGCCAGGAACAACGGACGAGGAGGGCCAGACAUAUAUGUAUACCGAGGGCGACAACAUGAUGGCUGAGAGGGAGGGUAGAUUUCAGAGAGUGCCGGGAGAGAAAAUCACCGACGAGGACUUCAAGAAUGAUCCUUUCUACCAACAAGACAACCAACGUCCACCGAAGCGAAUGGGUAGUCUGCGAAAGGCUUUGACCAGUCUCAAGGGUCGUGCUCGACGGGAUUCGGCUCCUGGUUCAGCUAUAGUGCUGACUUAA